CGUUUUUCUGUAAUCAGCUGAUUAAUGUAGACAAAAUGGCGACUUCAUUCUGUAUGGGAGAGGCAUUUAUUCAGCGAUUGUCAGCAUUGUUACCCGAUAGGGAAUGGGAAGACAAGACCAACUUGCAUAGGGAUGUACGAAAGGAGAUAGACUCAGCUUUGAAAAAAGAAGGACCGGUUCUUAUAUCGUUUAAGGCGCUGCGGAUUCUGCACGCCUUCUUGCAGAAGAAGGGUUUCCCGGUUCAUCUGCAUGAGCUUCUUGAAGGUAGUGAAAUUUACCUUCCUGCUGUGGCAAAACCUGAAAGGAAUCCUAAGCUUGUUGCCCGUCUGGAGAAGAUAAAAGCCAAUUUAGCAAAUGAAGAGUACAAACAUAUAACAAGAAAUGUCAACUGUCAACAGCUGAAUCGUUAUGGAAUCUUGGGUGAUCUGGGAACACAAGUGAGAUCUGCAAAAGCAGUUGUCGUGACCAUCUUCAACUUUUUCAUCACAGUGGCUGCAGCAUUCGUUUGUGCAUACCUUGGCAGUCAGUUCAUCUUUACAGAAAUGGCUGCAAGGAUCCUUUCAGCAGUAAUUGCUGCUUCUGUUGUGGGUCUUGCAGAGUUGUACGUUUUGGUGAGGACAAUGGAAGGAGAACUUGGAGAACUGUAGCAUUUAUGAUGUAGAUGGAUCAUGAACUUCAGAAAAUGAAGUGGGGAGGGCUGUUGCUCUUCACUUUCUAUUCACCUUACACAUUUUCAGCAGAAUUUGAAAGCUGCGGUCUAGCAAAAGCCUCAGGUUCCUGAUAAGUGUCAUCUUUUGGUUGGCAAUUGUUUGUCUGUAUCUAGCUUAGAACAGCCAGUGUAACCAUGCAAAAUCCUCCCCAUCAGGAUUAAUUGUUGUCACACACCCAGAAAUAACUGCACACUAUGUUUGCACAGGCAUAUGAAAAGCUCUGUUUGGUAUAGUUUUUUUCCUCCUCACCAUGUUCUGUAUUUGUAAUGCAUUGUUAAUUCCAUACCAAGUGGUACUAGACCCAGGAAGAUGAACUAUAUGAAGAGCUGAAGUUGACCAGAGUAAUGAGUUGUCAUCGUGAACGUUUCUUUUUACUGUUUGUGGUGGCAUCCUUGUAUCUUGUGUGAUAUGCUUAGAGUGAUUUCUGACAGCUGGAUAUCCAUUGCUUUAAUGAGUCUGAAAAUCUUUGAAUUUUGUUAAACUGUGUUAUAGGAGAAUAUCCUGUGAGGUGCAAGGUCCUUAACUGAUCUACUGCAUCAUGGUAGAUGUUUUUAUGAAUGAUCAGGGCACUGUUUUAGGGAAGCUUCUGCACAUUCUGUGGUACUAAGUGGAUGGCAUCAGUUUAUCCACCCUCCCCCUGUACCCACUCUAAUGUAGUACUUAAGCAUGGUGGAAACUGGUGGGGAACAGUUCUUCAGUUGCACAGUUAAUUGAGAAUUGUAUGACUUUCUGUAUGAAAUUUUGUUUAUUACAAAGUUUGAUGCAUAAGAUGCAACAUGUGCAGGAGUGUGUUCAAAAUAAAAACUAUAUGUAAAGUUGUUGAAGUUUCAGGUAGCCGUCUUCAUGAAAUUGUCUCUGUGCCUUUGGAAACAUUCCUUUCAGAAAAUUAGCAGAAAUACUUAUGCUGCAUCCUUUUACAUUUUUCCUUUUUCUUGUUCUGUUACAUUACUGAUUUUCUGUUCUCUGUUUAAUAUAAUGUUUAGUUUCUGCAUAUUUUUUUGUUAACUAAUGUAAACCAGGGUACUAGAAGUAUCUGCUCUGCUGCUCAGAGGUUCAGAACUAAGGGUUUGGUUGUUGUAAUAUGAGAACAAUGACACUAAAAUAAAAUGCUGUCCCUUCUCCAA